AUGGGGAAGGGUCUAUCAGUCAGCCGCAGACUUUCCUUCCAUUACAAGUUUGCCCUGUUUUACCACCAUGGGAGUCAUACUGACUCUUCCAUGAAUGAAACAGAGGCGGUACUUGCGGCACAAGAGUUUAUUCGCUGCAUCACCAAGCUCUCGCCUGUUUCCAAAGGCAAUAUCAAGUACAUGUGUGAUUUUGGAUUCGUGAUGCUGGUCUAUGCCUGCUGCUACGUGCUUCAACGAUUCGAUUGCGACAAAUCAUGCGCAUUUCAGACACUACAUCGAAGCACGUGUUUGGCCGACAUAAAGGAUGUUGCUGAUCUUUUGAAAUCGAUAUCUCCAGCUGCCGGAGCUGCUACUUCAGCCUACGGCAGAGCUUUGGAGGCUGCGUGUAACAGGCUGUCUAUGCAUGCCUUGGCCCCUGAGCACAGCAUCCUUCCGAGGGAAUGGGACACCGAACGAGAGUUCGAUGCUGACACGGCGGGGCUGAUUGACAUUUUUGCUGCUGCGGGUGCAGACACGCUGCAAACAACGUCAGCUCGGCAAAGUGACGGUCCCAUGUCUGGGUUUCAGGCCCUAUCGGAUCUUCCUGUUGGCGACCUGCUAGCAUCAUUCGACAUGCCAUGGUAG